AUGGACAAUGUGAGAGCACGCCCAGGUAAGUCAGACCUGAAGGACUACAACUACAUGGCUCUGGUCCUCGGCAUCCCCCUGAUCCUCAUCAUCAUCCUGGGAAACAUCUUGGUGUGUCUGAGCGUGCUCACUGAGCGUUCCCUGAAGACCGCCACCAACUACUUCAUCAUCAGCCUGGCAGUGGCUGACCUGCUGCUGGCGGUUCUGGUUCUACCACUCUACGUUUACUCUGAGAUCAGUCAGUUCCUGGGUGGAAUCUGGGCUCUGAGCAGCUCCAUCUGUGAUGCUCUGAUGACCAUGGAUGUGAUGCUGUGUACAGCCUCCAUCCUGAACCUGUGUGCCAUCAGUGUGGACAGGUGAGUUCACAUGCUUUCUCCUACUGUUUACUCCUAUUGCCUCCGGCGGUGGAGCAGUCGGACCCCAUCACAAGCCAGUCGGGCCAGCCACCAAGCCUUCUCUCUGGAACUUGGUGGUCCUGGUGCAACUGCAGUGAUGGAGAACCAGGACAGGGCAGCGAUGGCAGCUGAGAGUUACCCGAUGAUGACCCAGAUGGACAUCAUGCAGGGAAGCAGCCGCAGAGAGAACAGACUGAACCCUGCAAAGAGAGGACUGAGGACCAGUAAGACCAGCAGGGUCAGUGAGAGGGAACACAAGGCCAUGAAAGUCCUACCAGUUGUUGUUGGUGAGUACCAGAAACAAGACAGGACGCGAUCUUACAUGUUAAAGCACAGGUUAGUCCUAGGGGCGGAGGUCUUUGGUCCUACAGGCAGAGGUCUUUGGACCAAUCAGGAUCUGAUCUGA